CACGUGUGGGGCCACCCGCGUGUCCUUUAACGCAGUUCACUGUCGGCCACUGCUCCCCUGCCCCGGAUCACGGCGCUCGUCUGUCUCCUCGCAGGACCCGUCCGCUAUACCCAUAAUUCCCCGCGCUGAGACAAGAUGGAGGAAAGUAGCAGCUGCAGUAGAACAAUGUUUGGGCUUUGAAGACUCAAAGGAACGACCCAGAGGAAAAAAUACAAGCAGAAAAGGGCCAGCGGUGGUCAUGCACUGUGGCCUACUCUACACAGGGAUACUAGCUGUGCUGGACUGGAGUGUGACAGAUAACUCAGGCUUUGGGGGUGUCUGAGUUCCUGCUGUGUAUCCUCAACACUGUAUCCUCACCACCCCCAAGAGCCAUCUAAACAUCCUCCGGGCCACCUCUCCCUGACCAAUGUAUUUGCAGUGUGCUCCAGUUAAGUUCGCCGCCCGCCCGCCCGCCACCGAAGACCCCGCCAUGAGCAUAAUCCAAGACAAGCUAGGCAACGAGUUCCUGCGCAACGGGGCGAUGGAGCCCAACUUCGCGCCGGGCAUGCUGAUGUUCAGCCACCUGCCGCCCGUCACCAGCUUCACGCGCAUGGCGGCGGCGCAGUCGGCGCUCCACGAGCUGGCCCCGCCGGAGGUGGUGCUGAAGAAGGAGCGGGACUCGCCCGACUGCGGCGCCAGCGACUACGGCCACGCCGCCAUCAAGCAGGAGAAGCUGACGGAGCUGGACUACCGCCUGCCGCUCUACCCGGGCUGCUCGGCCAAGGGCGCCGACCUGCUGAUGGAGGCGUCGCUCGGCAACCACCACCACCACCACCACCACCACCACCACCACCACCAGCAGCAGAACCUGCUGGCGCACGACCUGAGCCUGGGCAACCUGUCACAGAGAUUGGUGAAAGAGCCCUCGGGGAGGAGGGGUCGGAGGUCAAACGGCGACGGCCAGGAGGGAAAGCCCCGGAGGAAGCGGGGAGACUCCUCAAAGUCGAUGAUGCUGGACGGCGAACUGGGCAGCCUCUCGCCCGGCUCCAAGCCACACAUCUGCGAGCACUGCAGCGCCGCCUUCCGCAGCUCCUACCACCUGCGCAGACACGUGCUCAUCCACACGGGAGAAAGGCCUUUCAGGUGCAGUCAGUGUAACAUGAGCUUCAUCCAGAAGUACCUUCUGCAGCGACACGAGAAGAUACACAGUGGAGAGAAGCCCUUCAGCUGUGACCAGUGUAACAUGCGGUUCAUUCAGAAGUACCACAUGGAGAGGCACAAGAGGACUCACAGUGGAGAAAAGCCAUACAAAUGUGACACCUGCCAACAGUAUUUUUCCAGGACGGACCGGCUGCUGAAGCACAAGAGGACCUGUGGAGAAGCCAUAAAGAAGGGGCUGGACCCGGGGGCCCUGGACCAGGGCCUGGGUGACAUGGGGCAGGGCGGCUACGGCCUCACUCAGGGAAACGCCGGCACCUCCGGCCGCCGGAAGGGCAAGCCCAAAGGGGAGGGGGGCGAGCGCAAGCGGAGGAAGGGCGCGGGCGGAGAGGCGGGGCCUGGGCCGGGGGCCGGGGCAGGGGACCCGGGCCUGCAGGGCUACGAUGCGUCGGGCAGCGGCCUGCACGGGCGGGCCCCGAAACUGCUCUUCAAGAAGGUCAACCGCAAGGGCCCUGACAAGGACCCCGCCCACAAGGUGGGGCCCCUGGGCGGGAUGGACGGCCUGACGCUCCUGCAGGGCCCCGAGGCCAAGCAGGCCCCGCCCAGCAGCAACUACGACGACGCCAUGCAGUUCCUGAAGAAGCGCCGCUACCUGCACGCGGCCGCCAACAACGCCGACUACGAGGUGGGCGUGCCCCACCUGUCCCAGCAGCCCACGGUCAUCCAGGGCGCGGUGGGCGGGGCCCUGGACGGAGACCACGCCCCGCUGGGCCUCCUGGACUCGUCCCCCAUGGGCGGCGGCGGCGGCGCCGACCCCAAGCACGACAAGUCGGGCAUCCCGGACGAGGUCCUCCAGAGCCUGCUGGACCACUACUCCCAGAAGGCCGAGGGGCCGCACGACGUGCCCUUCGACCUGGGCGGCGACCAGCACGUGGAGCUCCACCCGGCGGCGCAGCAGGCGCCCGAGGGCGGGGACGAGGAGGACAAGGUGGGCGAGAAGGCGGUGAUCAUGCACGAGUACUCGCGCUUCCUGCUCCAGGCGCUGGAGCGCACCAGCCACGGCGGCGGCUUCCUGCCGGCGCCCAGCGGGCCCUUCGCCGGCCCCGCCUCCUCCGCCGCCAGCCCGCCGCUCUUCUCCGACAAGCACGUCUACGCCGCGACCCCGCUGGAGUGCGGCUUCGGCCACGCCCUCGCCUCGGCCCCGCACCCGGGCCCCCUGCCCAAGCCCCACUUCGGGAUGCUGCUGGCGGGCCCCUCGUCCUCCUCGUCCUCGUCCUCCUCCCAGCCCGGCUUCCACCUGGGCGGCCUGGACCCCGCCCACCAGCAGCUCACCCCCUCUCAGGAGCUCACCGAGCAGCUGGAGAAGCAGCCCUCGCCCGGCGCCUUCCAGAUCCCGCCCCCGGACCUGGGCGGGCACAAGGACGCCCCGCCCAAGGGCGGCUCCGCCUACCAGCUCCCCGCCCAGGACCUGGCCCCCAUCGACCCCUCCAAGGGCGUGGACCUCCGGUCCCCCUACCAGAUCGAGAACUUCGCCCAGGCCUUCGGGUCCCAGUUCAAAGCGGGCGGCAGGGUCCCCCUGGGGUACAGCCCUGACUCGGGCACGGAGGUGGACCACAGGAUAAGGACACCCGUUCCGGAAUUCUCAGGUUACACUAGUUUGUUAGCUGAUGUCAAUGAGCCAGUUAGUUCAAGAUCCAAGACUCCCACAAGCCAAAGCUACAGGUAAGAUCUGAAGGACGGUAGAGACCUAGUUUUGGAGGUUUGUUCAUUAAAAAUUUUUUUUUUUCCUUAUGUUUAUUAUUAUUAAUAAAUUUUUUAAAAAAUAAGGCUAUGUUUUAAUUAUUACACUGCCAUUAUAAUGUUUGUAUAAAAUUGUACCGGAAUGGGUCUGUGUGACCUCCUUCAAAUGCAAUGUUUUUAUUUUUUAUUUUUUCCUCUCCGUGUUUAGUCGAUUUUAUUCAUUAGUGUAAAAUUAGGUCUGGUCAUUAACCGAUAGAUGGAAAAAGUACUUUUUAAGCAAAAAUGUAGUGUAGCAAAGGACUGGCUUGACAUUUCUUUUUCCCCACGAACCUACGUGUUUUAGCAAUCAACUUUACAAUUGUGAAAAAUAAUUAAUAAUGAUAAACGAUGGCAGGGAACAGCCCAGAUAUGAAAUGGCAAAAAAAAUAAAAUAAAGAUAUUGUCUGUUACAAGGAUUUAAAGUAUAACUCAGGAAAAAAAGUGUAAUAAGGAGAAUUUUAUUGCGAGAUGCAGCAGGAGCACUCUUUGUUUUAAUUAUUGUCAUUUUUCUUUUUUUUAGCGCUGUUCGUUUGCAAGUGCAACAGAGAUGGGUUUUUUAAUUUUUUUAUUCCUUUACAAUCGAGUGCGAAAAACGAGGAAGCUGCCCGUUUGGUUACACUAAGAACACUUUCCUCUUAGCUGAAUGGAGGUUACGGUACUUCUCGUCAAUGUGAAACACUCGCGUUUCUGUCAGCAAGGGCCAUACGUAUUUAUAAAGUGUAUGCGAGCGAGGGGGGGAUGACGGCGAUGUGAGAAAGGAGGGGAAUUUGGAAAAAAGAAGGACCCCCGGGGUCCGUUUCGGAGGAAGGGGGCGGAGUCGCCGUUCCGUUCGUCACAGGAUUUGGGGCGCGCCGCGGGUCAUUUAAAAAAAAAAAACAAAAAAAA